AUGGCGUCGACGUCAGCGGGAAAUUCGAAAGACGCGGCCGCGAAUAAUCGAGAACGCGAGCGUGAUUUGAAACAAUUCACUGAGCGAUUUGUCAAAAGCGUCCAAUUCCCAAUUGCCGAGCGUCUUUCGGUCGAUCAGGUUUAUGAUCGAAGGACCGGCAAACCGCGACACGAUGUGCUCAGAGAUCACUUUGUUAAGGAGGGCCGAAUAGAGGAGGAAGCGGCGAUUCGUGUGAUUCAAGAAUGCACGGCGCUUUUUCGACAAGAAAAAACGAUGCUCGACAUCGAAGCGCCGGUGACGGUGUGCGGCGAUAUUCACGGGCAAUUCUAUGAUCUCAUGAAAUUGUUUGAAGUUGGCGGCUCGCCGGCGUCAACCAAAUACCUAUUUCUCGGCGAUUACGUCGAUCGCGGCUAUUUCUCGAUCGAAUGCGUCCUCUAUUUGUGGUCGCUGAAAAUCUGCUAUCCGAACACGUUGUUCUUGUUGCGCGGCAAUCACGAGUGUCGCCAUCUCACCGAAUAUUUCACGUUCAAACAAGAAUGCAAAAUCAAAUACUCGGAACGCGUGUACGACGUGUGCAUGGAGUCGUUCGACGCGCUGCCGCUCGCCGCUCUCAUGAAUCAACAAUUUCUCUGUGUGCACGGCGGCCUCUCGCCGGAAAUCCACACGCUCGACGACAUCAAAAAACUCGAUCGUUUCAAAGAGCCGCCGGCGUUCGGCCCGAUGUGCGAUCUGUUGUGGUCGGAUCCGCUCGAGGAUUUCGGCAACGAGCGCAACUCGGAGCAGUUUAGCCAUAAUUCGGUUCGCGGUUGCUCGUACUUCUACAGCUACGCGGCGUGCUGCGAUUUCCUUCAACACAACAAUCUGUUGUCGAUUAUUCGCGCUCAUGAGGCACAGGAUGCGGGAUAUCGAAUGUAUCGAAAAUCUCAAGCCACCGGGUUCCCAUCGCUUAUCACAAUUUUCAGUGCGCCUAACUACUUAGAUGUGUACAAUAAUAAAGCUGCGAUUUUGAAAUACGAGAAUAACGUGAUGAACAUUCGCCAGUUCAAUUGUAGCCCGCAUCCGUAUUGGUUGCCAAAUUUCAUGGACGUCUUCACAUGGUCGCUGCCGUUUGUUGGCGAAAAAGUAACCGAAAUGCUGGUGCACAUUUUGAAUAUUUGCUCCGAUGAGGAAUUGAUGUCGGAGAGCGACGACACUUUCGAAGGCGGUGUGCCGUCGGCGAGGAAGGAGGUCAUUCGUCACAAGAUUCGCGCCAUCGGAAAAAUGGCGCGAGCGUUCUCCGUGUUGCGGCAAGAGAGCGAAAGUGUUCUAGCGCUCAAGGGUCUCACGCCGACCGGCGCUCUACCGAUGGGCGUGCUGCAGGAAGGUGUUCGAGGAGUUCGCGAAGGUUUUUCUGAGAGUCGUCGUCGCCCGACAAAAACCGACGUGCUCGUCGGCCCCAAACCGACAUUUUGUUUUGGCAGACAUGAAAGCGAGACCGUUGUGCAGCUAAAAGGCUUGAAUCCCGGCGGCAAAUUGCCGAAAGGCGCGCUAUCGAGCGGAAGGACGGGGCUUGUCGCGACGUUGUCCGGCGUCCAACCGGGCCAUCAGAUUCAGUCGUUCGAGGAGGCACGUCGUCUGGAUAUGAUGAACGAGCGAAUGCCGCCGACGAUGGCGACACCGCCCGGCCAAUCGCCGAGCCAAUCGCCGAUAGCGAGCCGUCAGCCGACGCCGCAGCCGCCGAAAAAUGGGCCGACCAACUCAUCAUCAUCAUCAUCAUAA